UAUGGUAGCACCUAAUGCGGCAAUAACGCGUCAGAUAUGUAUCGCGUUAGCAUGCGCUGCGUUAUUGAAGGAUGAUUGGAUGAUUGGAUUGACUUAAUUUGGAUUACUAAUAAUUACCGUCAGUUGCUGCGGCUUUGGCUCUGCCCUGACUGUCUGGUUUAAAAACGAGUGAUCAGCACUUCUUCGUAGAGCCUCCCAGCAAACAUGACGUUUGGAUUUGUCACUUGCGGCCCUAAUGAGGCGCUGGUGAUCUCCGGUUGCUGCUACUCGCAGCCGCUUCUGGUUCCUGGUGGUCGCACCUUCGUCUGGGGAUUCCUACAGAAAUGCCAGCGCAUCUCUCUGAACACCAUGACGCUGCAGGUGGAGUCGCAGCGCGUCUACACCAGCCAAGGCGUUCCCAUCUCCGUGACGGGUAUUGCCCAGGUGAAGGUCCAGGGACAAAACCAGGACAUGUUGCUGGCUGCGUGCGAGCAGUUCCUUGGCAAGAGCGAGGAUGAGGUGCGCCAGGUCGCGCUGGAGACGCUCGAGGGCCACCAGCGUGCCAUCAUGGGCAGCAUGACCGUUGAGGAAAUUUACAAGGACCGCAAGAAGUUCAGCGAACAGGUGUUUCACGUCGCCUCGUCUGACCUGAUCAACAUGGGCAUCACGGUCGUGUCGUACACUCUGAAGGACGUACGUGACGAGGAGGGCUAUCUGAAGGCGCUCGGUAUGGCCCGCACGGCCGAGGUGAAGCGAGAUGCCAAAAUCGGCGAGGCUGAGGCUAAGCGCGACGCUGCCAUCAACGAAGCAAUCGCUGAAGAAGAGCGCAUGGCUUCUCGUCUGCAAAACGAUGUAGAAAUUGCCAAGGCGCAACGUGACUUCCACCUGAAGAAGGCCGCUUACGACAUGGAAGUGGAGACGAAGCGUGCGGAGGCUGAGAUGGCUUACCAACUGCAGGCUGCCAAGUCACGCCAGCGCAUCAAGGAAGAAGCAAUCCAGGUGCAGGUAGUGGAGCGCUCGCAGCAGAUCCAGGUGAUGGAGCAGGAAAUUAUGCGUCGAGAGAAGGAGCUGGAAGCCAAGGUCCGUCAGCCGGCCGCUGCGGAAAAAUACAAGAUGGAGCGACUGGCCGAGGCCAACCGUAACCGCAUGGUAAUGGAGGCUCAGGCCAAGGCUGAGGCUAUCACUCUCAAGGGCCAAGCUGAGGCAUUCGCUAUCGAAGCUCGUGCCAAGGCUGAGGCUGAGCAGAUGGCAAAGAAGGCGGACGCAUGGAACGAGUACAAGGAAGCUGCCAUCGUGGAUAUGAUGCUGGAAGCCUUGCCGAAGGUUGCUGCCGAGGUGGCCGCGCCGCUGACGCAGAUGCAGAAGAUCAAGAUGGUGUCGUCUGGCAACGGCGAGAUCGGCGUGUUGAAACUGACCCGCGAAGUUCUGGCCGUGGUUGGGGAAGUGCCGGCCAUGGUCAGUAACAUGACUGGUGUCGACAUCAGGAAGGGCGCCUCCGCUUAGACGGAUCAAGUGACAAGGUCACAGGCCAAGUGGGCACUUGCUGGCAGUUACAGCCGAUGUCAGCAAUGCGUGACGAACGCGUCGUCCUUGGCAACACCUGGAUACAUCAGACUUCGAAUACAUCAUUUGCCCCAGAUACAUCAGACUUCAGGGGCAAAAUGAGCCGCCAUACUUCGACCAGACCGUGGAACCGACUUGGAAUCAUGUAAUAUGGAUGAAAACCUGGCCUUUGGCGAAUGCUCUCGAUAAUAUGUAAGUAAUCGCAUAGCACAUAAAGGCCAGUUUGGGAUGCCGGAGAUUCAACUGUCGCAAAGAGCGGGGAGUUGCCUGAAUGAUGUAUAUUUUACGGUCGAGCAUUUGCCAUUGCUGCCGCCUUGCUGCCUUGCUAAAAGUUUAGGAUGUCAUUCGUAGUUACCACAAUACGUGGAAAGAAUGAUGACUACUUAGAUAUAGUGUACUUGGAGGAUAAUUGGUUUUGUAUUUUACAUGUUUUUUCUUGAUGAAGCCCGACUCAGUUCGUUCUUGCAAUAUACAUGGGAGAUCUGAGUAAAAGUCGACGACAUCGGACGUAGUCACGGGUUGCAAAGAGUGGGAAACAGUCUGACUGGGCUCGUGAUUGCCGCAUACUAACCUGGCUGGGAUGUGUGUAAAGUCGUGUCUUUGGCCUUGCACGAUCGUAAACCGGACUGCGCGGGGAACUCAAUGUAGCGUGAUGUGUUUAUGUAGUCUCGCAGGUUUCCGCUCUUGUAAGGAGCAACUGCCAUCAGUGGGAAUCACGCAGCAGAACGCCCUCGCUCUGUCCCUUCUAUUUUACGCGCGUGUGUGGUGUCUUUGUCCUCUUUGUCACGAACUUCAUGGAGCCGUUGUUUAUUUUGGGGAUUACUAACCUUGGCAUUUGAUUGUCACUGAUUUACAAUUAACGAGCUCUUAUGGCGACACCUGGGAAUCUUAAUUGUAUUGCAUUUUAGUAUUCACUUCAGUGAGCUUGAUUAUAUCCUGCGUCGGAAGACCUGUAAGCAGAAUACUGGUGCAUAUGUUUCAUCAUCCUUUCUAUCGCUACUCUUUUGUUGCGUUUCACGAGCUAACCAGGGUUAGUGGUUUUGUUUUGUGACACCGGGUACCUGCCAUAUAGUCUUAUGUGUGUUGUGUUUCCCUGGCGGUUUAUACUGUACAAUGGCCCAGGCUUCCUGCAAGCAUGCUGCAUGCUAGGAAGAGGUUAUAGCACUUUUGUUUUGAUGCGAUAUUUCACAACGUCUCGGAUAAUGUGUUCGUCACGCGAGUGGAACCGCCUACACAGUAGAUGUACUGCAGCGUUCAUAUUACUCCUUCAUGAACUGGUUAUUGAUGGUUUCGUACGUUAUUUUCGGUAUUAUCAUGUAUCGCUGCGUUGGUGUUAAAUUUCCCCGUUUCACCUCGCAAUGUGUACCUAUAGCUGCAUUUAGUUAACAUUUUGACUCGUGAAACGCGCAGGGUUGUAUUGCGACCGUAUUGUGUGCGAUUGGUACGGAUUUGCUGUUGUUUUACCUUGCCACCGCAUUGUCCUGUUAAUUUGCCCGCUGCUGCUCGGUGCUCGCAUUUAUCACCAAUAAAACGUCUCCGCGACACAAA